CUCAAAUCUAUUCACACUCCGUCAUCUGUUUCAAAAUUAUCCUCAACAUUUUUUGAAAAUGAGUAAUAUAAAUACAAUUACAAUAAUUUUAACAAAUAAUUAUAAUUACAAUAAUAUUUCAAAUUAAACAGUUAAUUAUCUGAAUAAUAAAAAGGCGUCACACUAAUCAUCCAGGAAGUUCACGGGAAACUUCCCUGUCUCCUUCAUUAUGAAAUAAUAUCACACUACACAAAACUCCAUUUUUUUCCAAUUCAACAAACCAAUAAAUUAAUUAUAAAGUUUCAGUCGUCCUUUUUCCUCUUUUCUCUGUUCACUGCUUUUUAUUGCUCUCAUUUCUUCAUUUUUAUUGAACUUGGAAGGGAGAAUUUUGUCUGAGUUAUUAUCAUAUGAUGGAUUAUUUGUUGUAGCUAAUAUUGUUUCUGUCUAAAAGUGAUGAAGUAUAACCAAGAAAAGCUUGUCAGGUUUCAGGACUGGGUGCCUCAAAAAAGUGUUGAUGCUCAGUUCUACAUUCAAGAUGAUGCUCGUUUUGGCAAGUUCAGAAGGCUGAGAAGUUCCAUUUCUGAUAGCUUUAACAGGGGAUGCAAAUGUCUUCCUCAAUGUUUCGGAACGAUAGGCAAAUAUUUCAGCGGCAGCUUUUUACAUGAGUCAUGGUCCAAGAAGAAAGUAUUAGAUCCACAAGGGGCGUUUCUUCAGAAAUGGAAUAAGAUAUUUAUUCUAUCUUGUGUUAUUGCUGUCUCAAUAGAUCCUUUGUUUUUCUAUAUCCCCGUGAUUAAUAAUGACAAAAAGUGUCUGCAUUUGGAUCAUAAGUUGGAGGUCAUAGCUAGUGUUUUGCGCUCCUUCACUGAUAUCUUUUACGUGCUUCAUAUCGUUUUCCAAUUUCGCACUGGUUUUAUUGCUCCUUCUUCUCGGGUCUUUGGCAGAGGGGUGUUAGUCGAAGAUGGAAAAGAAAUUGCAAAAAGAUAUAUGUCUUCUUACUUCUGGAUUGAUAUUUUUGCCGUACUUCCUUUGCCACAGGUGGCUAUAUUAAUUAUUAUACCUAAAUUGAGAGGCUCAAGAUCAUUGAACACAAAAAACUUGCUAAAGUUUCUCGUAGUCUUCCAAUAUAUUCCAAGGAUUGCGAGAGUUUUCCCAUUAUACAAAGAAGUUACUAGAACCUCUGGCAUUUUGACGGAAACAGCUUGGGCUGGAGCUGCCUUUAAUCUCUUGCUUUACAUGCUGGCAAGUCAUGUAGUUGGAGCAUUUUGGUACUUAUUUUCCAUUGAACGUGAAACUACUUGCUGGAGAAAGGCGUGUGCAAUGCGUACUCCAUGUGAUCUUGGUGCAUUAUACUGUGACCUCAACCAGGGUCCCGUAAACAACGCUUAUUUGAAUGAAUCGUGCCCCAUCACAUCUGAUAAUACAGGGCCCUUUGAUUUUGGAAUGUUUAUGAAUGCCCUUACAUCUGGUGUGGUGGAAACAACAGACUUCCCGAAGAAAUUUCUCUUCUGUUUCUGGUGGGGCUUACAAAAUUUGAGUUCCCUUGGUCAAAACCUACAAACAAGCACCUAUGUCUGGGAAAACCUUUUUGCCAUUUUGAUUGCUAUUGCUGGUCUGGUGCUGUUCGCAUUUCUUAUUGGAAAUAUGCAGACAUAUCUACAAUCGAUAACAACACGGUUAGAGGAGAUGAGAGUGAAAAAACGAGAUGCAGAGCAGUGGAUGUCGCACCGUCUUCUCCCCCUGGAUCUAAGGGAUAGGAUCAGACGGUAUGAACAAUACAAGUGGCAAGAAACAAGAGGCGUGGAUGAAGAAAGUUUAAUCAAGAACCUUCCAAAGGAUCUGAGGAGGGAUAUAAAACGUCACCUUUGCCUUGAUUUGGUUACAAGAGUUCCAAUGUUUGAGAAAAUGGAUGGUCAGCUGCUAGAUGCAAUGUGUGACUGCCUGAAGCCAGUGCUUUACACACAAAGCAGUUGUGUGAUCCGAGAAGGAGACCCUGUGGAUUCGAUGGUCUUUGUUAUGCGUGGCAGGCUGCGGUCAAUGACCACAAAUGGCGGAAGAACAGGGUUUUUCAAUUGCGAGUAUUUGAAAGCCGGUGAUUUCUGUGGGGAGGAACUCUUAACUUGGGCUCUUGAUCCGAACCCGUCAUCCAACUUACCUCUGUCAACCCGAACAGUCGAAACCCAAACAGAAGUCGAAGCUUUUGCUCUAUUGGCCGAUGACUUGAAAUUUGUAGCCUCUCAAUUUCGAAGACUCCACAGUAAGCAACUUCGGCAUACUUUCAGGCAUUACUCUCAACAAUGGAGGACUUGGGCCGCUUGCUUUAUCCAGGCCGCUUGGAGGCGUUACCACAGGAAAAAGAUGGAGCAGUCUCUUAAAGAAGAAGAAGACCGGCUACAAGAUGCAUUGGCAAGAGAAGCCGGAUGCUCCUCACCAAGUUUGGGUGCUACAAUUUACGCCUCAAGGUUUGCUGCAAAUGCACUUCGUGCUUUACGUAGAAAUGGAGCCCGUAAAGCAAGGUUGCCGGAGAGAAUAUCGCCUAUUCUACUUCAGAAACCGGCAGAGCCAGACUUCUCCGUGGAACAUCAGUAGGAAAGUAUUAAAUGGAACCAAAGACUGGGGGAACCCUUUUAGUUAGUUUGCACUGUUUGGUGGUGUAAAAAUUGUAUGUUGUAUGAUGUUAGGAUGAAGUUAAUAGCUAAUGAGUAACGAGCAUUUGACGCUUGAAGCUAACCUGUGUAUAUUAGUAAUUAAUACUUGUAUUGUGCAGUGUUGAUUAACAGAAAAGACAGUGUGGUUAAUAAUCGUUCUUCUGUGUAAUGUUGUACAUAAUUGUGCUAAACCGUGUCAUGGAACAGAUUAGUUUGAUUUACGAGUUACUGAGAUACAGUGACGACUAGCUGGCACAUGAAAAAAAUGUGUCAAAGCUCUUAUUAUCCGAAGCCAGUAUCUCUCUAGGGUCACGCUUUUCGAAGUUCAAGCUUAUGCCCACAAUGUCUUUGAUCAUAGGCAAAGUCUAAGGAAGCAGCUGACGCAACUAAAGAUGUCGAUCCUGAACUUUGGCAAAAGGCUUGAUGAGGACAUCCUUUGAUGGAUUUUCCCGACACUCUCAAUAGAGUAUACGAGUAGCAAGCCACAACACUGCAACCCCAUACUAAUCUCACUCUACAACAUCCACAAUUUCAGUAGUUCCAAGUACUUCUAUCAAGAUUCAACUUACAAUCAAUGUCUCACCAGUAGUCACCACACAUACAUACACCAUCUCGAAAAUGAUGGAAUCGUUUCCUAUCUCGAAUAAUGAUCUUUCUUUGAGUAGCAUUGGACAUGAACUUCAUAAAAGCAUGACAAUCACCACAAAUACGAAGGUUCUUCGUGAUCAAAAUCGGUGACUUAUCAGGCGUGUUCAAAAUCCCGAAGGCAAGAGCAAGUUUCUCACUGUGGUACAGGAGUUGAUUAUGCUUUUGCUCCUCGUCCACAUCAUGAAGAACGAACUCCGUUUUAGGCACAUACCCUGUUAGUUUCAAAAACCCACAAUAUUCGUCUAAGAGAGUGUGAAUCUGUUCAAUACAACCAUGACCCUUAUCAGCUGUAUAGAAAGUAUACUGCUUGUUCUUGAUGUGAAUCCAGCUGAUUCCAGGUUCUUUAGGCAUUCUUUUUGUUUUUAUCAGCUCUCUUAUUUCUUCUACUUUAUCCCAUUUGCAGUGUGAGGCAUAUAAAUUAGACAAUAACACAUAUGUCCCUGAGCUAAGUGUAUCCAUCUGGAAGAGUCUUUCGGCAAUUCUCUCAGCAAGCUCGAUAUUGCAAUGGAUCUGGCAGGCACCAAGAAGGGAUUCCCAAAGCACAGAAUCAGGCUCGACAGGCAUGCUUUCAACCAAUGCCUCGGCUUCAGAAAGCCUACCAGUCCGACCAAGAAGAUCAACCAUGCAAGUAUAAUGGUAUACCGAUGGCUUGAUCCCAUAGUCUUUACGCAUGGAAUCCAAAUACGACCUCCCUUCCUCUAACAAUCCUGCACGGCUGCAUGCACAUAACAACCCCAAAAAACUGUUUUCAUCCGGAAGAAUUCUUUCAACUCUCAUCCUUCGGAAAUAUGUUAUGGCUUCUUUACCCAGUCCGUUAUGUGCACAUCCUGCCAAAACGGCAUUCCAUGUGAGUAGAUCUCUC